AUGCCACACGGAGAGGAGACGGUAGGGAGGGAGGAAGAGGAGGAGGAGGAGGACCUGGGGGGGGGACUCGGGAGACACGAGAGGAGAGGAAAGGAAAGGAAAAGGGGGGCGUACCGGCGGGGACGUGCUCCAGAGCUGUGCCCGGGCUCUGGCACACCUGUUAGCCGCGUGGGUCCGCUCCGAGCCUCGGGGAAGGAAGGAGGGAAGGAGGGAGACGAGGAAGCAAGAGCAGAACUGGACUCCAUUUUCCAGGUUCUGGAGGAGCAGGUCCUGAGGUUUGUCCAACAGCAGCUGCAGAGACUCCACGGGCUCCUGGCCUCAGAUUACCCAGAAUGCUCCGAGAGUGAGGAGGAGGAGAGCAGAGAGGUUCUGAACAUCACCCUGAACUUCCUGAAGAGGAUGAACCAGGAACAUCUGGCCCAGCACCUGCUCCACAGGAGUAAAGUUGGAUUCAGAGAUAAACUGAAGUGUGAUCUGCAGCACAAGUUCAGCCGUGUGUUUGAGGGCGUGGCUAAAGCAGGAGACUCCGCCCCCCUGACCCAGAUCUACACAGAGCUCUACAUCACAGAGGGCGGAGCCUCAGAGGUCAACCAGGAACAUGAGGUCAGAUACGUGGAGAAGGCGUCCAGGAGACCGGCCGCUCCAGAGACCAUCAAAUGUGAAGAGCUCUUUAAACCCCGCUCACAUUCACCACAACCAAUCAGAUUAGUGCUGACGAAGGGCGUGGCCGGUGUGGGGAAAACAGUGCUGACUCAGAAGUUCUGUCUGGACUGGGCUGAAGACCGGGCCCACCAGGACCUCCACCUGCUGUUCCCCUUCACUUUCAGAGAUCUGAACAUGUUCAGAGACACACAGUUCAGCCUGUUGGAGCUGCUGCACCACUUCUUCAGUCCAUCCAAAGAUCUCUGCAGCUUCCAACAGCUCCAGGUGCUCUUCAUCUUUGACGGUCUGGACGAGUGCAGACUUCCUCUGGACUUCGGCCAAACCCGGGUCCUGAGCGACCCCACAGAGUCCGCCUCAGUGCACGUGCUGCUGGUGAACCUCAUCAGGGGGAACCUGCUUCCCUCCGCUCUCGUCUGGAUAACCACGCGCCCCGCUGCAGCCAAUCAGAUCCCUGCUGAGUGUGUCUCCAUGGUGACAGAGGUGCGAGGGUUCGCCGACCCACAGAAGGAGGAGUACUUCAAGAAGAGAUUCAGAGACCAGGCCACAGCCGUCAUCUCCCACAUCAAGAGCAUCCGCAGCCUCCACAUCAUGAGCCACAUGCCGAUCUUCUGCUGGAUCCUCUCCACAGUUCUACAGAAGCUUCUGGAACAAACAGAACCAGAGCUGCCCCGGACUCUCACACAGAUGUAUGUCCACUUCCUGGUGGUGCAGGCUAAAGUCCAGAACAUCAAAUAUCACCAAGGAUCAGGGGAGGACCUUCACUGGACUCCAGAGACCACGGAGAUGGUGAAGUCUCUGGGAAAAGUGGCCUUUGAGCAGCUGCAGAAAGGAAACCUGAUCUUCUACGAGAGUGACCUGAGUGAGUGUGGGCUGGACGCUGCAGCGGCCUCAGUGUACUCCGGAGUGUUCACACAGGUCUUUAGAGAGGCGCCAGGCCUGUACCAGGACAAGGUCUACUGCUUCAUCCAUCUGAGUGUGCAAGAGUUUCUGGCUGCUCUUCACGUCCAUCAGACCUUCUACAGCUCUGGAGAGAACCUGCUGGAGACACCACACUCCUCUGAGAGUCCAGACCCUGAAGCCUUCUACCGCUCUGUUGUGGACCAGGCCUUACAGAGUCCAAAUGGACACCUGGACCUGUUCCUGCGCUUCCUCCUGGGGUUGUCUCUGCCGACCAAUCAGAGGCUGCUGCAGGGUCUGCUGACUCACACAGGAAGUGACCAGACCAAUCAGGAGACAGUAAAGUUCAUCAAACAGAAGCUGGAUGAAGAGGGUCUGUCUGCAGAGAGAAGUCUGAACCUGCUCCACUGUCUGAACGAGCUCAACGACCAAAGUCUGGUGAAGGAGAUACAGAAGAACAUGAGAAGAUUCCUCUCUGAUAGAACCUUGUCUCCUGGUCAGUGGUCUGCUCUGUCCUUCAUCUUACUGUCCUCAGACUUAGACCUGGAGGAGUUUGACCUGAGGAAAUACCAGGGCUCAGAGAGAGCUCUCCUGGGUCUACUGCCGGUGAUCAGAACCUCCACCAAAGCCCUUCUUUGUGGCUGUGGCCUGUCCCCUCACAGCUGUUCUCCUCUGGCCUCAGUCCUCAGCUCCUCCAGUCUCACACAUCUGGAUCUCACUGACAACGACCUCCAGGACUCAGGAGUGGAGCUGCUGUGUGAUGGACUGAAGAGCGCCCCCUGCAGACUGGAGACUCUCAGGCUGUCUGGAUGUCUGGUCUCAGAGAGGGGCGGGGCUGCUCUGGCCUCAGCUCUGAGCUCCGCCCCCUCCCACUUCAGAGAGUUGGACCUGAGCUACAACCAUCCAGGACCCUCCGCCAAGCGCCUGACCGCUCUACAGGAACCAGCGCCCCCUGCUGUCUGUCAGGUGAGACUGCCCCUGCCGUCUGUCAAGUGA